AUGGAUUCUAAUGAAGGAAUUAAACGUAAACGAUCAUCGGCUAUUUCAAGAAAUCAACAAAAAUCAUCAAUUUCUUCGCCUUCUUCAAAUACGAAAAACAUAUCUUUUUCUCUUAAUCGGCCGAUUCACAUUGCACAAGAUUCAUUGUUUAGUGCUACUUCCGGUUGGACAGAUUAUCGUGGACUCUUCAAUCUAGCAAUUCUUCUUUUAUUCGUUUCGAAUGGUCGAGUCGCUCUUGAAAAUCUCAUAAAGUAUGGGAUUUUGAUUUCACCUAUAGAAUGGAUUCAUUUCGCUUUUACUGAUCCUUGGAGUUGGCCUAAUUUAACCUUAACUCUCUUCUCAAAUGUAACGAUUCUUUUGGUGUUCUUUAUGGAAAAAGCGAUUGCGAUGCUUUGGAUUGGCGAAAUUAUUUCGCGUUGCUUUUAUGUUCUACUGUUUUCCAUUCAUAUUAUCUGUCCUGCUGCUGUAAUAUUGUUUAUAAAGAGUAACCCUUUAUAUUCGUGUUUUGCCUUAUCAAUUUAUGUUGUACUGUUUUUGAAAUUAACAUCGUAUGUCCAUAUGAAUUAUUUCUAUAGAAGUUUGAAGAUUAUUACUAGGAAAAAAAACAUAUCACAGAACACUUCGAGUUAUCCAAAUAAUAUAAAUUUGAAAAAUUUGUAUUACUUUAUUUUUGCUCCAACACUUUGUUAUGAAAUUCGUUUUCCUCGAUCGCCGAAUCGCAGAAAAUCGUUUAUGGUCAAAAGAUCUGCUGAACUAAUUCUGCUAACAAUAAUAAUUGUUGCUUUAUCACAACAAUGGGUUAUACCUUUGCUUCGAAAUAGUGUCGAACCUUUUUCAACGAUGAAACUUGAUCGAUGUUUAGAACGAGUUUUAAAAUUAGCUGUGCCUAAUCAUGUUAUAUGGUUGAUUUGUUUUUAUACAAUAUUUCAUUCUGCUCUCAAUCUCAUUGCAGAAAUACUUCGUUUUGCUGAUCGGCAGUUUUAUCUAGAUUUUUGGAAUGCUGAAACUAUAUCGGAAUUUUGGAAGUCAUGGAAUAUACCCGUGCAUCGAUGGGCACUCAGGCACAUUUAUCUACCCUUAAUCUCAGCUGGUUAUAGCAAAAUGAUAGCUGCAGUCGCUGUAUUCUUUGUUUCUGCCUUUUUUCAUGAAUAUCUUGUAUCUGUGCCUUUGCAUAUGUUUCGACUUUGGGCUUACUAUUCAAUGAUGAUACAAAUUCCUCUGAGUUUCUUGACGGAAAAAAUUUUGAAAGGUGGACGUCCUGGUAACAUUGUAAUGUGGCUUUCGCUGAUUCUUGGUCAGCCUAUGGCCAUAUUGAUGUAUGUUCACGACUGGUACAUAAUCAAUGAACCUUCUGCAGUGAAUGAGACGAUUAUUUUGCGUGGUGCUUACAGAUAA